CGGGCGGGCCGGGUUGUUUGUGACGGCGUCACCGGCGGCUGCGGCCGCGGCUCCUCGUCCGUGCCGGGCCCCGCGAGGGCCGCGCUCAGUGUGCUUUGAAAAUGUCUGAAAAUUCCAGUGACAGUGAUUCGUCUUGCGGCUGGACUGUCAUCAAUCACGAGGGUUCUGACAUAGAGACAGUGACCUCGGAAAAUGGAAGCACAAAUGACAACCAUGAGUUUGUUUCAGAAGAAUAUGUUUCCUUGCAAGAAGAGGAGCAGGCAAUUGAUGUGCAAGCUCAGUGCAACAAUGAUGAAGAGAUCCCAGCAGUAGAUAACACACUAUCUGGUUUUGAGGAAACUCAGACAGUUCCAGAGGAAAAUAAAGAAAAAGUUCCUGAUGAUGGGUCCUGCAUUGGAACUAUUAGUGAUGAUUCUGACAUUGUUACACUUGAAGCUCCAAAACCAGAAGAAACUCAGAGUCAGGAGGAAGCUCCUGCUGAUGGUGAAGAAGCUCAGAGUUCAGAGGAUUUUAACAUGGGUUCCUCCUCUAGCAGUCAGUAUGCAUUUUCCCAUGUAGAAACUGUGUUCUCCUCGCAGGCCAGCCCCGAGGAGUCGAGCAGCGAUGAGAGCAGCAGCCAGGGCAGCCCGGCCGUGCGCAAGCGGCGCCCGCGGCGGCGGGGGGUGUCGGGCUCCGAGCCCGAGGGGGCGGCACCGGCACCGGCCGAGCCCGAGGCGGAGCCGGCCCGGGACGAGCAGCAGCAGCAGCGGCAGUUCGGCAGCGGCCUCAACAGGUGCAUCGUCCUGGCGCUGGUGAUCGCCAUCAGCAUGGGCUUCGGGCACUUCUACGGUACAGUGCAGAUCCAGAAACGGCAGCAGCUGGUGACAAAGACACGUGAAUUAAAGGAUCUGAAAGAUGACCUUUACCAGUGCCAACAAGAGCAAGGAGAUCAAGUGCACCACAGAGGGGGGUCACUCAAGGGAGAUCUUGACACAUGUUUGACCUUUACUGAGGUGGAGAAGAAAUCCUUUGAUUCUCAAAAAAAAAGUCUUGCAGCAGAAAAUCAGCACCUAAGAGAAUCUCUAGAGAAAGAAGAAAAAGCUUUGGCCUCACUUCAGGAAGAAUUAAGGAAGCUAAGACAACAAAUUAGAAACUUAGAAGAUAAAGGUAGUAGCACUGAAUCUAUUGUAAUAGAAAAUCAGAAACUAAGGGAGCAUUUGGAAGAGGAAAAGCAAAGGAACAGCAAUUUUCUCAGGCAAAAGGAAACACUCUUUGCAGAGGCACAGAUGCUAAGGCGAGAACUGGACAAGGAACGUCAUGUUACAGAAGCUCUGAAGAAAGAACUGGAACAGUUAAGUUCUCGUCAAACACCUGAGAGUGCUGAUGAUGAUGAUGAUGAGACAUUAAGAGAAAAUCAAGAAAUAGAAACUCUGCGAGGAAGACUGGCAGAACUGGAAAAGAAGCUGAACUUUGAGCAACAACGCUCUGACUUAUGGGAGAAGCUGUAUGUUGAAGCAAAAGACCAGUCUGAAAAACAAGAAAUUUAUGAAAGUGGACAGAAGAAAGGUGCUAAAGGGCAAAGUAAGAGUAGAAAGAAGUCAAAGGAGACGUUUUUUGGUUCAGUGAAAGAAACUUUUGAUGCUAUGAAAAAUUCCACAAAAGAGUUUGUAAGACACCAUAAAGAAAAGAUUAAGCAGGCUAAAGAAGCAGUGAAAGAAAACUUGAAAAAAUUCUCUGAUUCUGUAAAGUCUACAUUCAGACACUUCAAAGAUACCACAAAAAACAUCUUUGAUGAAAAAGAGAAGUCAUCAAGUGACAAAAGAUAUGAGGCAAACAAGAAAGCUCGAACUUUUUACCGAGACCAUAACUCCUACGAGAAUCUGAAGCACAUGCAUUACAGGGGACCUCACAUGCCCAAAGAAUCCAGAAAUGGAAGGAAACAUCAUUUUACAACAUAUGAAAAAGAUUCAGAUUCCCAGAAAUGUCUCAAUGAUCAUUUGUGUAAUAGAAAACAUCAGUUUGCCCUAAAGGGCUGCUCUGGUAUUUUUGAAUGUGCUCAUCAAGAAUUCCUUAGUCUCUUUAACAGAGUUUCGGAUCCCAUCAGGGUGGAUGAAUUUAACCGGCUAAUGAGAAAGUAUUUGCAGCAAGUUGUGCAUAACUUUCAUCACUGGAGAGAGCUAGAAAAUUUCAUCAAUAAGUUUUUUCAUAAUGGAUUGUUUAUACAUGACCAGAUGCUGUUCACUGAUUUUGUUAAUGAUGUCAAGGAUUACCUGGAAGAUAUGAAGGAAUACCAAAGUAAUAAUGAGAAGGUUUUUGAGGAUUUGGAUAAAUAUGUCUACAGACACUACUUCCAUUAUGAUAAUUCACCCCAGUAUGGACCCAGUCGACCUAAAAGACCUUUUACACAAACUGAAAAUUCCAGACAUGAAAAACAAGCUCAGAAGUACCAACACCGUAAUAAAAGAGAAGGUAAAUGGCAUAAACAUGGUCGCACUAAUGGAAGACACAUGGCAAAUCUUGAAAUAGAAUUGGGGCAACUACCCUUCGAUCCAAAAUACUGAGUAAUUUAUUGUAAAAAUUAAGAUUAAAAUUCACAUGCUCUCUGGAAACUGAUUGUUUUUCAACAAAGCAGCAAAAUGCAAAUUUUUUUCUGAAUAAUUUGAUUUUUACACAUUUUUGUUAACAGGCAGAAGUCAGGCUUUCUGAUUUGCAUAUUCUGUACCGUUGCUUUAACUGUUCUUUGGAAGUAAAGAUAGUUUGGGUGCCAGCAGUAUUGUUGCAGAAACUAGGCAUGCCAUGACCUGUGUAUGAAAAAAUGCUUAAUUGCAUUCCAUUAGUGUAGUUAAAGCUUGAGCCAUGCAUAAUGUACCAACUACUAACUCCAGUGUUUGAUAUACUAACUUCAUCUCAUCCUUCAAAAAAUAGAUCAACAUUGUGGUAAUGUAUUUGUUAGUGUUCUGUAACCUUAUAUUUGCUUCCUGUCUUUGGGGGGGUUCAAGAGCCUGUUGAAUUGUGAAGAAUUUGCUGUGCUGCAUUCUAAUCAGCGUGCUGAUUUAAACACUUGAAAUGUCUUGCAUAUCUGCAUAUUGUAGAAGAAAAAUAAAAGAGACAUUGUGGGUAAAA